UUGAAGGUGAUAAUGGAAAAACAAAGCAGAAAAUUUGACGAACACUAAUUACAGUGCUUUCGUUUUGUUAAGUCAUAAAAACAAAACAAAAAUCACCAGCGGUUAUUCCGCAAAAUGAAUUAGAGAAUCAUAGUUUAUAAAAAUGACGUACUUUGCCUGAGAAACAGGACCUUAAUGAGAAGCGCAGAGUAAUGUGUAACUAGCUAGCACACAGUUAACUGCCUCUGGCAAGGUUGCUCAGUGAGGUGUGGCUUUUUCUGAAACCUGACAUCCUGCAGGAUAGUCAGAGGCAGCAGCAGAAAAGUUACUCACUGGAGCUGGGUGAGUUUCUUGAACAUGGCUGACACAGUUUCUACCAGGAGCUUUUCCAAAUGCCAAAGCUGUGUAGAAUUCUCAUCCACGGCACAGAAAGAAGACCAGAUAGUGACUAAAACCUGUAAAAGUCACUCCAUAGCAGGACUGUCCUCAGUGAUAAUCCCUGCUGCUAAUGGUUCAACAGCUGGGGAUUCAGGAAAAGUACGUACUCCUGCAGACAAAACGCCUAUAGAAGAUAUUGAUGCUGACACAAUCCUGUGUGAUUUCUGCUUGGAGGAAAAGGUGAGAGCUGUGAAAACGUGUCUUACCUGCAUGGUCAAUUACUGCAGCACGCACCUCAGACCCCACUUAGAUAAUCCCAAACUGCACUCUCACCAGCUGGUGCACCCUGGGAAUGAUAUAGACUUGGGAAUUUGCAGCACUCAUAACAAGCCACUGGAGUGGUUCUGUAAGGUGGACCUGAUGUGUGUCUGUGAGGAGUGCACAGAGGAGAGCCACAAAGAUCAUCACCCCAUCUCUUGCGCUGAAGCACGGAAGCAGUUGGAGGCAGAUGUAAGAGAAACUGUCACUGAAUACGACUGGAAACUGAAGUGUGCAGAGAAUGCCAUUGUGAAAUUGGAAGCAAACACAGCAUUUAUACAGAAUUCUGUUGCUGAAGCCAGACGGUCCACAGAUGUUCAAUUUGAGGAGCUUCAAGAUGCGGUCAGGAAGGCAAAAUCCAGUGUGCAAGAGUUCCUGGAACAGCGCGAACGAUCGGCUCUUAACCAAUCAAUAGGGAUUAAAACCCACCUGGAACAAAAAUGCAAUGAAUUAAAGAAGAUUAAAGCCAAGGUGGAGAGAAUCGCAAAGCACAAGAGCGAAUUCUGUUUCUUUCAGGAAUAUUGUGAUUUUAAAAAGGCGACUGGAGAUGACACUCUCCCCAGUGUUUACAUUGGCCUCAUAGACAAGCUAUCUGGCAUCAGAAAGGUGGUGACAGACUCAACUACAAAAGUGAUUCAACUGCUACAAACCUCAUACACAGAUAAACUUCAAGAAUUUGCUAAGGAAGAGAAUGUGGGAAUAAAGACCAUGGUGUCUGCAAUAGUUCCAGCCAACCAGAAGAUAUCUGCUCCAGAGCCUUCAACUCGAGAUGACUUCCUGAAAUAUAAAUCUAAUGUCACAUUGGACCCAGUGACCGCUCACUGUUUUCUGAGGUUAUUGCAAAGCAAUCGUAAAGUGAAUAACUGCUCCCCCUGGCAACAGUCUUACCCUGACCACCCUGAGCGCUUUCAGCAGUGGCGCCAGGUUCUUAGUGCGGAAAGUUUUUACGUGGGCCGCCAUUAUUUUGAGGUUGAGUUCAAAGGUGAAGUCAUUCAUGUUGGCGUGACCUACAAAUGUAUUGACAGGAAGGGUUCAGAGAGCAACAGCAAUAUAACAGGAAAUGAUUUCUCAUGGACCCUGAAAUGGAAUGGCAAGGAAUUCUCAGCCUGGCAUAGCGAUGUUGCGACCCCAAUAAAAGCAGAAAAGUUUUCAAGGAUUGGUAUUUACAUAGAUUACCAGAGAGGUACUGUGGCAUUUUAUGGGGUCAAAGACUCAAUGACGCUCUUGCACCGAUUUGAAGGCAAAUUUUCGGAACCACUUUAUGCAGCCAUUUGGCUGCCCAAAAAAGAAAAUUCAGUAACCAUUAUUGGGCCAGAUGAUAUGUCCCAGCCAGUGACAAUUUUAUCACCUGUGGAGAUGAAGGUGCUGACAGCCGCUCCAUUGGAGACUGUCACAUCAAGUACUAAGACAGAAGUAAUUGUCAAUACCACUAUUCACACCAUCAAAGUGGCGACAAGUCGUUCUACCGAAAACAAGAAGCCUUCUGGUAUGAGUCCCAUGACAAGCCAACAGCUAUAGACUCUGACCAAACCAACACGAAAAUCACCACUGUAGCUACUGUAGGAUAUUUACUGGAUCCAGGUGUGACCUAAUCUUGUAUUGGAAAAAUAAGUUUAAUUUAAAAACAUGGUUUUACGCUAAACUCGAGGAAAGAGAUGUCAUACUGUACGUUAGGGGCCACAUUGAAAGACUGAAAGAUUGCAAAAGCAUUGGACCAUUGCUAUAAGGUAGACUGAUUCUGCACAAAAUUAUUAUUUUUUUUUUUUUUAAUGCAUUUAAAUUUUGCAGCAUACAAUUGCAUCCACACCUGUUUAUGCCAUUAUAUGCAACAAAACUACAUAGAUCCGAAACGUCAUGCAGUUUAGGAUCCGUUUAAAACAAAAAAGUGAAACAAUGAAAUUAGUAAUGUGUUGGCUCCCAGAAUGUUCAUAUGAAAAUACCUGAAGUUUACUUGGGAAAUAAUAUUUUUGCAUGAUUCAUUUUAGGUCCUGGAUAAUAUAAGACUGCUAUAGGAACCUGUUCCUACUGUACUUGUCCGGUUAAUUUGGAAGCAGGUGUUUCAACUAUACUUUAUUAUAUUUGCCUACUUGUCCUGCAUCGCUUAUGGAGAAAAAGAGGAUCUGGGGGUCCGGCUGGAUGUGAUUCAUGCUACCAGUUGGGCAGAGAAAUUGGAUCAAGUAACCUCAGCCACAUCAGUGAUCAGGUCAUUAUGAUGCAAUUCACAACAUCAUAGCUCUUACACUGAGUGCUUUCUGAGGUGGGCCAGACUUGAUUUAAUGAUUUAAGUCAAAUCCCUGCCCAUCUUGCCAAAAGUUGGAAAAUUGCUCGCCUUCUAUGGAGUUUCAUAAUCCCCUCCCUAAUUCUGGAGUCUACCAGACAUCGCAAGGUACUAGACCAGGGGUGGCCAGACUUUUGGAGUUGGUGAUCUACUUUGAAAGCUGAAAAGCUUUUGUGAUCUACCUAGGUGGGACAAUAGUGUGCGCCAAAGGUGCGUGCAUGAACAAGGAGGUGUGGCAUAACAAAAAUGGGGAGUGACCUCCUCGAUGCACAAGAUGUAGGGACUGUCUCACCUGAAAUAAAAAAUUGGCCCCCCACAGGUAAAACUUCAAACACAUUGACCCCCACACAGUAGUAAAAACACAUUGACCCCCAAACAGUAGUAAAAACACAGUGGCCCUCACACAGUAGUAAAAACACACUGACCCCUACACAAGAGUAAAUACACACUGACCCCCACACAGGAAUAAAAACACACUGACCCCCACACAAGAGUAAAAACACACUGACCCCCACACAGGAGUAAAAAUACAUUGGCCCGUACACAGGAGUAAAAACACAUUGACCCCCAAACAGUAGUAAAAACACAGUGGCCCUCACACAGUAGUAAAAACACACUGACCCCUACACAAGAGUAAAUACACACUGACCCCCACACAGGAAUAAAAACACACUGACCCCCACACAAGAGUAAAAACACACUGACCCCCACACAGGAGUAAAAAUACAUUGGCCCGUACACAGGAGUAAAAACACAUUGGCCCCCACACAGGAGUAAAAACACAUUGACCCCCACACAGUAGUAAAAACACACUGACCCCCGUACAGGAGAAAAACACACUGACCCCCCGUACAGGAGAAAAAACACACUGACCCCCCGUACAAGAGAAAAAACACACUGACCCCCCGUACAGGAGAAAAAACACACUGACCCCCCCGUACAGGAGAAAAAACACACUGACCCCCCCGUACAGGAGAAAAAACACACUGACCCCCGUACAGGAGAAAAAACACACUGACCCCCGUACAGGAGAAAAAACACACUGACCCCUACACAGGAGUAAAAACACAUUGGCCCCCACACAGUAGUAAAAAUACAUUGGCCCCCCCACACAAGAGUAAAAACACAUUGGCCCCCACACAGUAGUAAAAAUACAUUGCCCCCACACAGUAGUAAUAUAUUGCCCCAUACAAGUCAAAAAGGAAAUUCCCCUACAUAAAAAUGAAAACAUAUAUUAAAUUGUCUCAGCCCUGCUCCUCCUCUCUCCCCCAUAUAACACUUUAAUAACACUGCCAAAUACUACUUACCAGGCAGGCAGCCAGGCAGAACAGCAGCUCCCUAUGACAGCACGCCAGUCCAGGCAGUCGAAGGAAGAGAAGCAGCGGCAGUGGGCUCUUCCCAGCGCACAGGUGACAUCAUGAAGUCACCGGCGCGCUGCACUACUGGGAACUGGUUAAGUUUAGUUAAGUUGGCAGCGAUCUACUGGUGGAUGCUCCGCGAGCUACCGGUAGAUCGCGAUCUACCUUUUGGCCACCCCUGUACUAGACCAUAAUAGUUUUAAAUUAAAGGUAAAUUUAGGCUUGUAGAAACACGCAAAACAAAGAAAUAACACUGAGUUAUUGGAUCUCGCCGUCAAACCCCCCCCCCCCCUGCAAGCGCAUUGGUGUGUGAAGGUAUAAAAUGGGUAGAGAGAAACGGAUUAUAUUAUCUGCUAAUGAAAUGGCUUGCCGGAAGGAGCUAACUGAGGGGUAAUUCAGACCUGAUCAUAGCAGCAAAUUUGUUAGCA